UCGGGGGCGGGCGGAGCGGUUCCUCCUCGGGGUCGGCCUGGCGAAGGCUCUUCCGCGCACAACUGUAGGCAGAGUCAAUCUGCAGGAGAAUGGCGUCCCGGUCGGCGUCCGCCGCUCGUUCCCACAACUCGGCCACCUACUUCCGAAGGACCAGACCGUUUUUCAUGGCGGUGAUCGCGGGCGGCAUGCUGUACUACGGCUGUGCUGUCUUUGCACCUUCAAUAAUCCCCUAUGACGGCCUGGGUCCAUUAGGAAGAUUCACAAAGUAUCUGCAGGAGAACCACAAACCUGUUUUCCAUGCAGGGUAUGGGGUGGCUUGGUUAAUUCAUAUCGGAGAAGCGUGUUUGAGUAUCUGGUUAUGCAAUAUGAAAGGCAUCACAGAGAGGAAGACGCAGCUUAAGUGGUUCGUUCAAACGCUGUUAUUUGGCAUCGCUUCGCUUAAUUUCCUACUGGUUUACAAGCCACCCAAGAAAACCCAGUGAAGAAAUGGAACUGGAAAAGGAAACAGAAACGGGAUGAUAUCGCCCUUAACUCUGAAGGUUCUCUUCGUAUUUUGGCGUUUGACCGAAAACACCUUUCACUGUUACGUGGAAAGACAGAACAAAAAAAACAACAAAAAAACACUUUGGUUUUGGGGUACCCUGGUGAUAAACUUGUGUGUUGAUAAAGCGGAAAUCACAUUUUAAA